AUGAGAACCAGGACGAUAAUCAUGGGCGAUGACGUCACGAAAACUCCAUCCAGAGAAUCAGUUGGUGAACGUCAUCUACGACGACCUCAACAAGCCCCGACAGAGGAGAAGUUUGAGACCGAUCUGAGGACAACUCCCACACCUUCACACUUGCCGACACUUGUCCCAAACAUCGAUUACGCACCUCGUCUACGGAACAAUCCUUUUGCUAGACUGGAUAUAAGGAAACCUACGGUGGUUCAACUGCCAAUUCCGCCCAAGAUUGGCGAAGCGUUUGAGGAAUGA